AGUCACUUUAAUUUAAUUAGGUUAGUAAUAGGUAACAAAUAAUGACACAGAUGAAUGAUAUAAAUGUAAACAGUGCUGUUGUACCAGCUCCUGUCAUAGACAUGCAAGGUGAUGGGAGAUGGAAUUCUCAGCAUCGAAUAUUUUGUGAGCAGGGUCAAAAUAAAGAUGUGGAUAUCUUAGUAUUAGGUGAUUCCAUGUGCAGAUUAAUGUACAACAGCAGUGCUUGGAGCAAUCUUAAACCAUAUCGCUGCUUAAAUUUUGGCAUUGGUGGAGACAAGACACAAAAUAUUCUGUGGAGAUUGCAAAAUGGAGAACUAGACAGCGUGACUGCAAGAUAUGUUGUGAUAUGGUGUGGAACCAAUAAUGUGGAUAACUCUGCUUCAGAGAUUGCAGAAGGUGUGAAUGCUGUGAUAAAUUACGUUAGACAAAAACUGAAUUGUUUUGUUCUGAUGCUGGGUAUUGCACCAAGAGGGGAGCGGCCAAAUCCUUUACGAAGCAAAAUGGAAGAGGCAAACUCCAUCAUUAAGAGAAACAUACAGGAUAUGUCAAAGGUGUCAUAUUUGGAUGUUGGAAAUCAGUUUCUUGGGGAAAAUGGAAUAUUAUCCAAUUUAGAUUUUUAUGAUUUUUUACACCCAACACCAAUGUGUUAUGAGAAAAUACUUUCUGCAAUCUUAAAACAGAUUGAAGCAUUUGAAUCGUCUUCCUAAUUUGCAAUAUGUUACUUUUAUUCGGUAAUAUUGUAUAUGCAUUUAUCUUAUUCGUAAUCACGUUCCACCACUUACUCUAUGGUGCAUGUUUUUGUUAUGCAAUGCAUGUUUAUAUGUGGUAUGCAGUAGGUGAAGAAUAUACUAAAUAUCCACUGU